AUGGCUGGCAUCAGCGACGAGACUACACCCUUGAUUCCUCAAAAGGAUAUGCACGGAGCCAGCACGGGUGCAGGGAGUGUGCGUCUAUCCAAGUGGCGCUCGCUGCCAAAGCGCCUGGCCGUUACCGUGUGGAAUUCGAUCCAUUGGGUCCUACAGACCUUGGCCGCCCCCGGCGUCUAUCUGAUCGCCUGCCUUUACGACGAGAACGGACGCUUUUCGCCGCUGGGUCCCUUUAAGCUCCUGUUUGGGCAGCGUCGCGGCAAGCACGGGAAAUCUUCACUGCCCCCCUAUAGUGACGAAAAGGACGACUUUACGGGAGAGAGCGACACGCUCCUCAAGCGGAACAGCACAAUGUCAGCAACGUCGGGCUCGGGAAGCGGGCGGCUCUUUUCAUCAUCGUCUAUGCCGAGCGGAAGCUCGUACGCGGUAUCCUCCGAGUCCGAGUCGGACUUUGACACCAAGCGCACACAACAAAGACGGAAAGGCACAAGCGACAGUUCGGGCCGGAGGGGCACGGCAGGCAGCCGGUCUGGUGAAGACGAUGGGCCAGGUACUGGAGGCGCGACCAACUCGAGCAGCAAUCGGCGAUCCGUGCGGAUCAAGUUGAACGACGAUACACUGCGCCAACGGAAACACCGCAAGGGACAAUCCUCGUCUUCGACGAUGUCCAUGCAGCAGGGUGGGAACGGCGGCAGCCGCGCUGACAGCUUUGACGGCGACAGUAGCGGGGGUGGCGUGGCCAAGGACAUACUGGCGCAGCUCAAGUCCCCGACAUCUCCGGCCGGUGCGCUUACGAAGUACCCUCGCACGCCGGCGCCGCCUCGGCCACUCAUUCCCCGGCGGCAGCCCUCUUUCCUCAACAUCGAACCUCAAGACAAGUCGCACCAGAAGACGCUCAUUCUCGACCUCGACGAGACGCUGAUCCACAGCAUGUCCAAGGGCGGGCGCAUGAGCACGGGGCAUAUGGUUGAGGUUCGGUUGAAUACGACCUUUGUCGGCAUCGGCGGCCAGCCCAGUGCCGGCCCACAACACCCGAUCCUCUACUACGUGCACAAGCGGCCCUACUGUGACGAGUUUCUGCGGAGGGUAUGCAAAUGGUACAAUCUGGUUGUGUUCACGGCGUCUGUGCAAGAGUACGCCGACCCGGUCAUUGACUGGCUGGAGUCGGAACGCAAGUUCUUCUCUGCCCGCUACUACCGCCAGCACUGCACGUUUCGCCACGGCGCCUUCAUCAAGGACCUGAGCGCUGUUGAACCUGAUCUGAGCAAGGUGAUGAUCCUGGACAACAGCCCGCUGAGCUACAUGUUCCACCAGGACAAUGCCAUUCCCAUCCAGGGCUGGAUCAGCGACCACACUGACAAUGAUCUCCUGCACCUCGUGCCGUUGCUGGAAGGUCUCCAGUACGUCUCGGAUGUCCGGGCCCUGUUGGCUCUGCGCGGCGGUGAGGACGGACGUCACAUGGCAUGA